AUGUCUCGUUCUGAAACCGACGAACGCGAAGCAGCUUCGGCAAGUGGUAGUGCCGCUGGUCCAUCGCAACCAUCAGAGCAUCCUUCUCAGCGUCGGAGUCGACCCGGCUAUGGCUAUGCAGUCGAUGAGACACGUCGAUCUCAUACAGCGCACGAUCUACAUUCGGAUCCAUACAGCCAGCAUCCCGUAUACGAAUCCGACCCACGCGACACGGACCGAUCCCAACACUCGAGGGGUGGCGGGGCCUUGAGCUCUUCGCAAGAGAGGCAGUACCAGCACGAGCUCGAGAUGAUGAAGGCUCGAGAAGAGCGGGAGCGUAUGUAUGGCAGUGAACAAGCGGCGCGGUCCGGCCGACCAGCGCAGGCGGAUCAUGCCUAUGGCGGUGUAGCUGCGCAGCGCGAUGCCGUCGACGAGUUCGGACCUCGACCUACGACGAGCGAACGACCUAACUUGGACGGGUUUUCUCGCGUCGAGAACGGAAAACGGUACCGACUUGUCGUAGUUCAGCAUCCGAGCCGCGCUCGAAUGUGCGGGUUUGGAGACAAGGAUCGACGCCCGCUCAGUCCGACGUUGAUCGUCAAGCUUGUCAUCACGGACGAGGCGACCGACGAAGAGAUCAGCCCUUUGGACGUCAACACGUCGCUCUUCCUGCUUGCGACCGAUCUGUGUCAUCCGGAAGAUCUGAUGUUGGCACCGCGCAACAUUCUGGUGCAUCAUCACGCCUCGUCGUUGCCCGUCCAGCCUACGCAGCACGGCGGUCACAGCGGAUACCCCAGCGACGAAUUUGCAUAUCGCUCUGGUUCCAACUACGGCAGCUAUGGGGACGGCGUUGCACCCAACGGCGAUUAUCGAUCUGCCAGUGGUGCGCGCCCCUCCAACUCGCCGGACGGCCGCUCCAUUCCAGGCGGGGCUGCCUCAUCAUCGUCGUCGUCUUCGGCGGUCCAUGCGUACGAUCGAUCUCCGCACGGUCAAGCUUCUUCGUCGUCGAUGCAGUUUGGCGGCGGCAAUUUUGGCCCGCAAGGUCAGGCAGAGUCGUACACGAGGAAUCUGGUCGGUGCCGCCGUGGCCAGCGCAUCCGUGCUCAAGGACGAGCAGGACAAGUGGUGCACGUUUUUUGUCUUCCAAGACAUCUCGGUACGAACUGAGGGUGUGUACCGUAUCAAGCUCAUGUUUGUCAACCUCGAGGUCAGCGGUCGUGUAGGGACCGGUGUCGCCGAGGCGCUUGCAGAGACGUACACGGAGCCGUUUACGGUUUACUCGCCACGACGUUUCCCAGGCAUGUUGGAUCCGACGCCGCUCUCGCGCAAACUGGCGUCGCAGGGGAUCAAGAUUCCCGUGAGGAACGAUAAGAAGAAGCAGCGCCGUCGCAACGACGACGGUGGCGAGGGCGACUACGAUGGAGCGUCGGGUGGGGACGAUGAUGACGAGUAA